AUGACCCACUCCCAAAACAACCAGGCCCAACAUUUCCGCUCCCUCCACCGACCCGGCAACCCACUCAUCCUUGCCAACGUCUAUGAUGCCGCCACGGCCGCCAUCGUAGCCACCAACCCAGGCGCGCAGGCCAUCGCAACGGCUUCCUUUGCGAUCGCAGGCACUCAUGGCGUGGAAGACAAUUCCAUGUCUAAAGAAAUCAACCUGACCGCCGUCGCGACCAUUAUCAGACACGUCCAGACCGUGGACCCCACCAAACCCAUCACCGUCGAUAUCCAAGAUGGCUACGGUAGUACUCCAGCCGAGCUAGCCUCGACUAUCAAGGACCUCAUUGCCCUCGGCGCGGUGGGGUGCAACCUUGAAGAUAACAACAAUGCGACUGGGACGCUGCGACCACUCGAUGAGGCGGUCGAGCGCGUGCACGUCGCUGUCACCGCAGCAAGGGAGGCCGGCGUGCCCGAUUUCGUGGUCAAUGCCCGGACAGACGUGCUUGCAGACGCGGGCGCAACCAUUGACGACGCGAUCGACCGCGGCAAGGCAUUUCUCGACGCCGGGGCUUGCACCGUCUUUAUCUGGGGUCCGAAGAAUAGAGGCGUCUCCCGCGACGAGGUGAAGCGGUUGACUGUUGCGCUCAAGGGCAUGGUCAAUGUGAAGCUGAACUUCGGGCCUGGCUUUCUGACUGUCCCUGAGCUGCGCGAAUUGGGCGUGGCGCGCAUCAGCGUCGGACCGGGACUGUAUAAAGCGGCGAUGAAGACGUUUACUGAUCUGUCUGCGCAAUUGUUCGCGGCUUGA